AUGUUUAAUAAUAUGUAUCCUUACCUGGGAUACUCAACCAAUUUCACAACUAACCCCUCUUCAACAUCAACUACAGGAUCUCAACCAUCCAAACAACAGCAACAAUCUCCAUCAUCUACUUCAUCAUCAUCGUCGCAACAACAACAGCAACAACAACCAGGUCAAGUACAACAGACUUCUCCCACCAACGCUAGACAACAACCAUUUAUUGCAAGCACAGCUAGUCCUGCUUCAUAUUUCAAUAGAAGCGUUGGUGGUAAUUCUACUUCUGCUAAUACUUCAGGUGCCAAUUCACGUGGUGUACCCCCAUUGAGUCAUACCAAUGUCCAAAUUCCAUCGCGAUCAACUUAUGGAGUCCAAUCUUUGAAUGGCUUGGGAACCCAUCCAAGUCAGUACCAGAUUUCGCAACAACAAGCACAACAGCACCAGCAAGGUGGUCAUAAUAACGUUUACUAUAACCCUUCAUCCCAUUCGGCAACACCGCAAAUCUUCAAUACACUGGUGCAAAAUGAUCAUCCACAACAAUUGGAUCCCAAACAGUUGCAAAAGUUUUCUCCACAACAACAACAAUACCAUCAACAGGCUCAGUACUAUCAACCAUCACAGCAACAAGCUCCACCUCAACAACAACAACCUUAUCAACAGAAGAGACAACAAAGUCUGCAACAACAGCAACAGCCUCAACAGGGCUACCAGGCACAGCAAACUCAGCAAGCUCACCAACUGCCUCAACAACACCAACAACAAGACUCUCCUCAUGUCGCUUCUAGUCUUCCACAACAAGGUGGUCCAAUUGCUGCUAACAAUGCUGGUGGUGUAGCUGCUGCUGCUAUUUCAGCCACUGGCGAUCAAAAAGUAAAAAAACCUAGAAAACCUAGGGCCACCAAGAAGGAGAUGGAGGAGAAAAGAAGGUUGCUUUUGGAAAAGGAAGCUCUUAGAAUACAACAAGGUGGAUCACCUGUUGUCAAGGAUGAGUCUGUUGAUCCUAAUGGUAAGAAAAAAAGAGGACGUCCAAAGAAGUUCAUUCUUGAUCCUGCAACUAAUACCAUGAUUGACUCUACACACCCUCAUUUCAAGCAAUUGAAUAAAAUUUUGAGAGAAAACAAUGCAGCUGCUGGUGGUGUAUCUACAUCGAAACAAAUUGGCCACAACAAUGGAGUUCCUCAUCCACUGCAACAACCUGAAUUUGUGACCCAUUAUAAUGACAAUAUAGCGAUGCACCCACAGCAACAACAACAUUUCCAACAACAGCAGAUCCAGCGGCAACAGCAAAUCCAACUCCAACAGCAGCAACAACAGCAACAGCAGCAACAACAGCAGCAACAACAGCAGCAACAACAGCAGCAAAAACAAAAACAGCUGAAACAAAAGCUGAAAAAGCAGCAAAAACAACAACAGCAGCAACAACAACUUCAACAACAACAAAAUGCCAUUGCUGCUAAUGGAUUGGCUAAUCUUGGUGAUGUAGACUUUCAACAAAUGUUAAAGAAGAAAGAUAAGCGAGGCAGACCUAGAAAAUUCCCAGUUGAACAAACUGGUAUCACCAUUAAAGGUGUUAAGAUCAAUGCUAAGAAAUAG